AUGACUUCGUCAGUUCUGGACGGCGCCGGCUGUGAAUCGCCGGCGCCUCCUGCCUUUUCGCCUCUCACAGACCCUGCUGAUCCGGGGAAUCGCGAACCUUCAGAGGGCGUGCCCAUCAAUGCUGAAGCCACCAUCGAUGAUGCAAGUCGUUCGCACUCGCAGCAGCAAAAUGACGGCACCACUGCCACUGUCAAUGGCAUUGACUCGCAUCUCCCAUCCGCGACCGACCUCACUCAGCAUUCCCGCCACGAUCACUCCCACUCGCGACCGCAGACGGCUCGAGACCCAGCGGUACCGGCGACUCCAGCAACGCCAGCACGGCCGCACCUCAACACUGCCUUGAUGAACAACACGAUGGACCUCGAUAUGCCCAUGAAUUCCGGCAUGGAUUACACUGCCAGUCCUGCCCUCGACCUCUACUCGCCCUAUGCUGCCCAGCAAUCUUCCCAACUUCUCAUGGCCCUCGCCCGCAUAUCGGCCGCCCAGUCUCAAUCGCAAAUGAUCGUACACCCCCCCUCGACUGUCCGCCCCUCACAAGUCUCGCUCCCUCCGCAAUCCAUUCUCGAUGCAGCAAACAAUCUAGUUCCCGCGACUCCUCACGCCCCCAACGCCGUUCCGCACGUCGACGCCCCACUCGAGUCGUUCGCCAGAAUCGAGUUUGCCGACAGCGUAUUUCAGAUGACCACCUAUGCUGUCGUUAUAGGCCGUGAUCAGCGUGCCUUGGACCAGGCAAGACGGGAUGAGCGAAGACACGACGACUACGAGCGCAAAAAGCGCGAACACGAGGAGCGCGGUUUGCCCGCUCCUCUGCCGCCGAUUCAGGACCGCGGCAAGUUCAGCAAAUCGUACGUCAGUGAGGAAGGCGGUAUGCUCGGCCCGGAGUCUGACGGCGAUGACAACCCCCGCCCCGCCAAGAGGAGGAAAACCAGUGGGGGUGUGGGAUCUGCGUCGGGCGAUUCGCAACGGGUCGAGCCCGCGGCCGGCGAGCUGGCCGGCGUGGAAGACAAGAAUCCGAUCAACAGGCAGUAUGUGUCGCACACGCCAGGCGCGGCCGCUGUUAAUCUCAGCGCGCUCCGGCCCUCGCCUCAUUAUGUGCCGUUCAUCGGAAUUCACUCGCCCGGGCCGAACAUCGCCAGCAGAACUAAAGCUAUCUCAAGAGAGCACCUGAAGAUCAAGUUCAACAAAGCCGACGGCGUAUUUGAAGCCAUCCCCCUCCACAAGAACGGCUUCUUCUGCGAAGAUGUCCAUUACAAAGAGGAAAAGGUCGUACUGAAGAGUGGCGAUCAUCUGCAGAUCAAAGAUGUCGACUUUGUUUUCGUCAUCAACGGCGUACCUCAUGGCAAAACCGGCGCUGAAGACGGCCUGCUGGAAGAGGACGGCGUGUCUAGUAGGCGGUAUUCCGAAGGGGGCAAAGAGAUGAGCUUCGAUUUCGAGAGCACGCAUGAUCCAGCAAGACGGAGCACGAGCCCCGAAGAAACCCCAGCUGUGGAAGCCCCGAGGGAAGACAGCGACAGCGAGCUCUCGGAGCCGGUAGAGGACGACCCGGAGCCCGAGCCCGAGGAAGCGGCGGAGCAAGAGGUCAUGGAAACCAUCGAGAAGGAUCCAGACCUGUCGGCUACUGUCAAACCAGAAAUGCCGCUCGAGUUGCUUGCCAGCCUAGAGCCCAUAGUACCCAAGAAACGUGGCCCCGGCCGUCCCCCAAAGAACGGCAUCAUGUCCAAGCGAGAGGAGAGGCUACGGAAGAAAGCGGCCAUGGAAAUUGCCAAGAAGAACAUGCCGCAACCGCCGCCCGGCGAGCCGCCUAUCAAAAGGAAGGUUGGUCGGCCACGCAAGCACCCGCUCCCGGAAAACGCCCCGGACAGGCCCGAGAAGCGCAAGUACAAACCCCGGAAAUCCAAGACCGGCGAAGAGGGCGAGGAGGGCUCCGACCCGGAAAAGACUAUCAAAGAGAGGAGGCGGGAGAAACCCAAGACGCCGCCUCUCGAGCUGGACAGGAACGACUACACCGAGGAGCAGUUGCAGAAGCCGCCCAAGAACUACGGCAUGCUCAUCGACGAGGUCUUGACCGCCGCGCCCGACGGCCUGACCUUGAAGCAGAUCUACAAGCGAAUCCAGAUGAAGUACCCCUUCUACUACUUCACCGUCGACACCAAGGGGUGGGAAAGCAGCGUCCGCCACAACCUCAUUGGCAACGACGCCUUCAAGAAGAACGAGGAGACUCACCUCUGGAGCCGGGUGCCGGGGAUCGAUAUCGACGCGGGCAAGAAGCGAACUAAGGCGACAUCACCAGAUCAUUCCACGUCGAUGCACACCUUUGGCCAGCACUACUCGACCUCGGCCACCCCCACACCGCAAAUGUUUCACGCCGAGACGGGGCUGCAACAAGGCUACCGUGCCGCACCCGCGCCGCAGCGUCCCGGAUACGCACCCGGCCAAGCGGCCCGUGGGCAACAUCCGCAAUCUCAACUCGGCGCGCAGGCCGUUGGGGGCACCACCCAGCAAGCUCCCCGUCAGCCGUAUUCGAUCCCUGGGCAAGUGCAAGGCGCUACUCCCGUGGCCGCUUAUGGGAAUCAGACGGGGGCACACCCGCCUCAAGGAAGCGCGCAGGCCACGGCGUAUUCCUCACCUUACGCAUCGAGACCUCCACCGGUAGCUACUCAGCCUGGCGGUCCUACACAAGGCGUCGCAAGGCAAGGCCUUCCCCCCAAUCACUCGGCGACCGCCGCAAAUGGUUUGCCUCGCGCUGGCCCGCCACCUGCGCAGGCAGCGCCACCGGCCGGCCCGCGACCGACGCAACCCGCCCUCAACGGCAGCCCCCUCCCCUUCAAGCCAGCGGUUGCGCCGGAGCUGGUCCGACACGUGACCAACUUCAGGGCGACAGUCACAGAGCAGUUGAAGGCGCGAACGUCGGCUUCUGAGGCCAUUGCCCUGUCCGUUAUCCACCGCGGUCUAGGAUUGGCGUCAGAGAGUAUGGUUCCGGAUCAGGCCGACUUGGAGAGGAUCGUAUUCGGAGUGUUCGAGUCGAGCCGAAAGAACUUGGGUGCCAACCAAUCCCUGCACCCCGGUCUUGUACAGGCCCUAGGAAAAUUCAAGAUCGACAUGAUUAAAACGCUGGAACCUAAGAUGGGAAAGCUAAACGCCGAACGCUUGAUUUUGUCAGCCGUGGACCGCGUGCUGGGAUUUACCGACCGGUCUACCAUGCCUAGCACCGACGCAGACCGGAAGCAGUUACUCGAGGCCGAAAACGUGCUCAUCGGGGCCAUCCAGCGGGUGGUUACAGAACAUCAAAGAACCCUAGCCUCCACUGCGUCUGCCGCGGCGCCGCCUCCCGCACCUGCACCAGGGCCAUCCUCGGCCGCGUCAACAACGCCCAGCUCCGGCCAGAUGCCAACACAGGGGCAUGCGCCCGCUCCCAGCCAUGCACCCACAGGAGCGUAUUCGUCAACCGCGCCCCCGCACCAGGGAGCGAGGCCGGCAACAUCCCUGCCUACGACCGCGGCGCCAGGGCCGGCACGUCCGCCUGCCCCGGCGCAGUCUACUUCAACAGCCCAGCCAGCCACGGUUGCGAGUACGCAACAGGUACCUCGUCCAGCCACUGUUUCAGCACUGGCAGCCCAAACCCCCGCUGCUUCUACAGCUCAAACCCGGCCUCAGGCCCCGGUUUCGGGUCCAGCACAAGGUUCCGUCCAGACCCCGGGCCAAUACUCGGCACCCGCAACAGCGGCUUCGACCCGGAAUCCGGCUCUUAGCGGAGCGGCUCAAACGUCCGCCGCAAGCGCCACCCAGCCGCAAUCCCCAGCACAUGCCUUAGCCCAAGCUCGGGCCCAAGCCGCCGCCCAGAACGCGCAAGCUCAGAAACCAGCUCAAGUACCGGGGCCUGCUUCGAGCCCGGCUACAGCUACAAAUCAGACUGCGGGUCAAGCUGCUCCGCCGGCUGCCUCUACCUACCCUAGUGCUCCUAAAGGGCCGGCUUUGGCGUCUGCGCCGACAGUAUCCCAGCCGCAGAACCAGCAAGCGCUCCCACCCAAACUGCAAGGAUCGGCUCCGGGUGCCGCAUCGGCCCCACAACGGCUUGGCCACAGCGCUCCUGCCCCUGGUAUGGCACCUCCGGCCGUGACGCCGGCCCAAACUACAACUACCGCUGCCGUCUCGGCCCCAGCCCAACCGCAGUUGUCAACUGCGCCCGCUGUGCCGGCCCAAAGGCCCGCUCAAGCUGCCCCCGUGGCGGCAACACCUGCAACUGUAUCCCAAGGGAGCUCUUCAUUGCCGGCGCCGAUACAGCGGCCUGCGCAGCCUGUUACUGCAAAUUCCACUUUGGCAGCUACAGCUCAAAACAGGGUUGCGUCCUCUUCUCCCGGGACAUCCCACACAAUGAGCCAGUCGCCCACCCCGCCGAUGGCUUCAAACCCUCCAACCCCGGCUCAACCCAGCUCUCAGGACGCACAGGUAGCCGCACCCGUGCCAUCUGCCUCUCCGCCUCUCCCGGCUCAACCGCCGGCCCCUCCGGCGCCGAUGGCGAACAUGACCGCGGCGACCACACCCACACCAGCCUCCGCUCCGCCGCCGACACCGCCCGCGGCAACGGUCACAGCUGCUCGAUAG